GCGUGCACGGUCGAUUAAGAGCUGCAUCGAUGCAAACGAAUUGGUCGCAGGAAACGAACAUAAGCGCAACGAGAAAAGGGCGAUCAACCGUCGCGAAAGGAUUCCCUGGUAUCCACCGGAAGUGAUUAACGCGACGGAAACGCAAGAUGAAAAUUACGCUCGCUUUGGCGGCGGUUAUUCUUGCCUGCGUCAACUUUCAAUGCGUUGAAGGCAGAGCGAAGAAACCAACGCAAUUAUCUUUACAAAGUAAAGAAACCAACGUGGUGAACUUCAUGAGACUCCUCAUGCUUAGACUCGUUUUUGGAUUCGCAUCGGCCAUGGGUCUCGGCGAAAAUCUUUCAGGAAUACUUGGAGGGAUCUUCGUACCACCUGGAGCGGAUGAUUACGAUUACGGCGACGGCGAUUUUGUAUCUGAUUUGUUUUAGAUCUUGAAC